AUGAAUCACGCUUCUGAUAGAGAUGCAUUUUUGCAGUUUGGCAACCGUUUGAGACAGCAACAUUCAGAUCAAUUAUCUGCACAGCUUCAAGUGCUUCGCUCUGCUUUACUAAAUUUUGUAAACGAACACAGCAAUGAGAUCAACAACAAUGCUGAAUUUCGAGCCAAGUUCAACCAGAUCUCUCAGCUGAUUGGAAUGGACCCUUUGGAUUUACUACUUUACAGCAAUAGUGGAUCUAAAAAGAGUAAAUUGAUGGGGAAACGAACAACGAACAAUUACAUUGUUGGAUUGAGUGUAAAGAUUGUGGAAGUUUGUCAAGCAACAAGAGAUUUAAACGGAGGACUUAUUCCACUAAAAGAGUUGCAAAGCACCAUCAUUGCCAAUGCACUCACCUCUUUGGACGUGAAUUUGAAUAUCACUUUAAACGAUAUUGAGCAAGCUGUUCAGUUGUUGAAUUCAAUGGGAAGCAAAAACUAUGAGAUACUCGUGAUCAACAAGGUUCGAUGGCUAAAAUUCUCAUCUUUGGACAAUUUAUCCCAGGACCAGAUCAAAAUUUACGAGUUGUGUGAAUUUACUGGUGGGUUUGUUACCAGAAGGUUGAUUCAGGAUAAUUUCCAUUGGGACAAGGUAAGAUGCGAAAAUGUUAUUAACGAGAUGAUAAUGAAUGGGAUACUAUGGGUAGACUUACAAGGCGAAGAUGGUCCACAAUAUUGGGAGCCAUCGUGGAUAUCCAAUUAA